UCUCCUUGCCCUGUAACCGGAAGUGUGUAGACCCCAUUCGGUCUCUUACACGACCAACAUGGCGGAACAGACGGAAAGGUCAUUCCAGAAACAAGGAAAUGUGUUCUUGAACAAGAAGCAGAGUGUUCUGUCAGGCAAAGGCAAAAAGAACCUGCGAUAUGUCAAGUCUAUUGGUCUAGGCUUCAAAACACCCCGAGAGGCUUAUGACGCUUCCUACAUUGACAAGAAAUGCCCUUUCACUGGCAAUGUGAGCAUCCGAGGACGAAUCCUUACCGGAGUGGUCAUGAAGUUGAAGAUGCAGAGGACCAUCGUAAUCCGAAGGGAUUAUCUCCACUACGUCAAGAAGUACAACAGAUUUGAGAAGCGACACAAGAACAUGUCUGUUCAUAUCAGUCCAUGUUUCAGGGACGUUGCCCCAGGAGACGUGGUGACAGUAGGAGAGUGCCGACCCCUCAGUAAGACUGUGCGUUACAAUGUCCUCAAGGUCACCAAGGGCGCCGGUUCAAAGAAGGGCUUCUCCAAAUUCUAAAUGUACUGGAAAUAAAUAAAAAAAAAUGUAACAAAACCAAAAA